CAUAUAAAUAGGCAGGCGCGUGCUGCAGAAAGGUAUCAGUUUCACAUCAGCUUUCACAUCGUCAACAUUCAAAGCAGCAAAUUAGCAGCAAAAAUGCUCAAAAUCAUCGCUCUCGUUGCCUGUCUGGCUGUGGUUGCUUCCGCCCAGUACUACGGAGGAGAACACGGUCUCAGCGGAUACGCUCAUCAUCACGAGGAGCCCAAGGACUACUACGCGUACCCGAAGUACAAGUUCGAGUACGGUGUGAAGGAUCCCCACACCGGCGACCACAAGAGCCAGUGGGAAGUGCGUGAUGGCGAUGUCGUCAAGGGACAGUACUCGCUGCAUGAGGCUGACGGUACCGAACGCGUCGUCGAGUACAAGUCGGACAAGCACAGCGGUUUCGAAGCCGUCGUGAAGAAGGUCGGCCAUGCCCAUCACCCGCAGGUGUACGGUGGACACCACUACUAGGAACCUUUACUGCCGUGCUCCUUCGUUCUACGAAGGAGGUUUAGUCCAAAUGUCCUGUCCGCUGCAUCUGGCCUACGUUAGAGCUGGAGCAUUUUUUCCUAACCCCGAAUGUGAUAUCUAAACUGAGCUCAACUCAAACCUCAACAAGCCUAAAAAAUACCCAGAAAUAAAGUACUGAAACUAUUGAA